AAAUAAUUUCACAACUAAAUAAUAUUUUUCCUUACUAAAAACAUGAUGGCAAAUAAUGGGUUCGAUUCAGAUUUUGCGCUUCUUGAGUCUAUUCGCCGCCAUUUGCUAGAUGAUUCAUCCGCCAUAAACUCCGGCGACGGUUUCCCGCCGAUGUCUUGCCGGAGCAAUAUCUUGUUUCCUUGCUUUUCAGACAUGUGGGGUGAAUUACCCUUGAAACAGAACGAUUCCGAUGACAUGUUAAUCGCUCGGUUUCUUCACGAAUCUUUGGACUUCGACUGCCACCCGUCGCCGCCGGCGACCUCGUCGGAGAAUGUUACAACUGUUAAAUCGGAGCCGGACAGUUUGUGUAGUUCUCCGGAGAAUUUUGUGAGUUCACCGGAGAUUUCGAGUAUUCCGGCAGGAUCGCCGCCGCAGACGGAGGCGCCGGAGAAGGGGAAGCAUUAUAGAGGUGUGAGGCGGCGGCCGUGGGGUAAGUUUGCGGCGGAGAUACGGGAUCCGGCGAAGAAUGGUGCGCGGGUGUGGUUGGGGACGUUUGAGACGGCGGAGGAUGCGGCGGUGGCGUAUGAUAGGGCGGCAUAUCGGAUGCGGGGUUCGCGUGCUUUGUUGAAUUUUCCGUUGCGGAUUAAUUCCGGUGAGCCGGAGCCGGUGAGGAUAGCGUCGAAACGGAGGUCAACGUCCCCGGCGAGUUCGUCGGAGGAUCGGUCUCCGAAGAGGAGAAUCGUGAAUAGACAAUGACUUUUACUUUGUCACAUUUUGUUUAUUUUUUAUGGAUGUUUUUCUGUACAUAAAUGACAAAUUUAUUAAUUUUUAUAUAUUUUGGUUAAUAUAUCAAGAGUCAAAAAUCAAUCUUUUGAUAUGUUA